AUGGCUGCUCCUGCCUCUGCUGACCGUCUCGCUUUGCCAACGGGGCUUCAUCCCGGGGGCAUUCCGGAUGUCGGCGCCGAUUCUGGUGUCGGUGGAGGAGCAUGGAAGGGCAGAGCUGGUGCCAAAAUGUCUGGCGAUCGGUCGUCCGUCUGGGCGAGCUGGCCUCGUCGUCUCGCCUCGUCCUUUCACCGCCAGCAGGACAAGGAUGGCAGCUCCUGGUGGAAGAUCCAUCUCUUCCGUGGCAUGGCCAACGAUGUCCGUCGGCGAGCACCGUACUAUGUCAGCGACUGGCUAGAUGCGUGGGACUACCGCGUGGUGCCGGCCACGGUGUACAUGUACUUUGCCAACAUCCUGCCGGCCCUCGCCUUUUCGCUCGACAUGUUCACCAAGACAGGCAAGCACUACGGCGUCAACGAGGUGCUGCUGGCAUCAGUGCUCGGUGCCGUUGUCUUUUCCGUCUUGGCCUGUCAGCCGUUGGUCAUUGUAGGUGUGACGGGGCCUAUAACCGUCUUUAACUACACCGUCUAUGAUAUCGUCCACCCCCGAGGUACAAACUAUCUGGCUUUCAUGUGUUGGGUCGGUCUCUGGUCGCUGGUGCUCCACUGGAUUCUGGCGGCCACCAAUGCCUGCAACGGCCUGCGAUAUGUCACGCGCUUCCCAUGCGACAUCUUUGGCUUCUACGUUGCCUUUAUCUACCUGCAGAAGGGCAUCCAGGUGCUGUCGCGGCUCGGAAGCGAAGAGCCCUUUUACUUGUCCAUAUUCAUCGGCCUGGCCGUCUUCGUGGUCGCCUAUCUCUGCGGUGAGAUGGGCCGCGGUAGCCUCUUGACUCAUAAGAUCCGCGUCUUCCUCAAGGACUACGGCACACCGCUGACGGUCGUCUUCUUCUCUGGCUUCGUACAUAUCGGCCGCAUGCGCUCUGUCUCGCUCGAGGUCCUGCCCACUGGCAUUGCCUUUGAGCCCACGGCGAUCGGACGCAGUUGGCUUGUCAACUUCUGGCAUCUCUCUGUCGGAGACGUCUUCUUGGCUCUCCCCUUUGCCGUCCUGUUGACCGUCCUGUUCUAUUUUGAUCACAAUGUCUCCUCGCUCAUCGCCCAGGGAACCGAAUUCCCGCUCAAGAAGCCUGCCGGCUUCCACUGGGACCUCUUCCUCCUGGGCCUGACAACGGGCGUGGCUGGCCUGCUUGGUCUCCCGUUUCCAAAUGGUCUCAUCCCUCAGGCGCCUUUCCACACCGAGUCGCUGUGCCGGGUGUCCAACCUGGCGCAAGGCCUGCUGACGGCCGGCACGAUGACGGGUCCGCUGCUGGUGGUGCUGCAUCUGAUCCCACAGGCGGUCCUGGCCGGCCUCUUCUUUGUCAUGGGCGUGCAGGCGCUCGAGGGCAAUGGCAUCACGGCUAAGCUGCUGUUUCUGGUGCGAGACGCCUCGCUGACGCCGCGCAGUCACCCGCUCCGGCAGCUGUCGCGACGCGCUGCCGUCUGGGCCUUUGUGGCCAUUGAGCUGGUCGGCUUCGGCGCUACGUUUGCCAUCACGCAGACCAUUGCCGCCGUCGGCUUCCCGGUCAUCAUUCUGCUGCUGAUACCCGUGCGCGCCUGUCUGCUACCGCACGUCUUUACGGCAGAGGAGCUGACCGUGCUAGACGGACCCACGGCAAGCCCGUUUACCAUGGAGAGCGUCUGUGGCACGCUCGCUACGCGCGAUGGGGGUGCCGACAGCUCGGACAGCUCGGACAGCUCGGACAGCCCGGCUAGAGAGGACGGUGUCCUCGUAGGGAACCCGACCAGCGGUGAGGCCACGGCAAUGGCCAGCAUCGCUCCGUCUGUUGGCCGCAGCGACGAAGACCUCGCAGAACUGGGCGAGAACAAGAACGUGGCCAACAUAGAAAUGCAGGCGCUGCCACGGAUGGGAAUCCAUAAUCGGCGUGGCCAGACGGGCGGUGGCAGCAGCAGUACACCUAAAGUAUAG